ACUCCUGGCUCCUCCCAUCCAGGAAGUGUCUGUGUGUGUUAUUUUUCUCUGUAGCUGCUGCUUUUUAUUUUAGUUCCUGGUUCCAUUGAGAAAUCAGUGAGAGCUGUGAGUUGUGCUCAGCGUGGAGAGGAUGACUGUGGCAAUCUUUUCCGAUUGUGUGUUCUUCCUGAAAAUAAACGACUUGUCUUUUAAGGAGAGGAAAGCGUUAAAAUUCACAAUAACCUCGAAUGGUGGAGUUAUUUCCUUUGUGCUGAAUCAGAAGUGCACUCAUGUUGUGGUGAACACCAUUGGCUGUCUAAGUGCUUCUCAGCAGAAGAAUGUCCAGAAGCAUCGGAUUCAAAUUGUGGACAGUCAUUUUAUAUGGAAAUGUCUAGAAGAGAAAAGUCUUAUUCAUGACUACCAAUAUCCGACUGCUGGUGUCCAACCAAGUGAGACAAAAUCACAAAGCCAACAAGCAGAUCCAGAAAAAGCCCCGGCACUGCAAAACAAGGAUGAAUUAAUGGACAGUGAUCACAGUGAGUACGAUGCAGAAACCUUCAUCGACCCUCCAGACACGGAAGUAGCCAAAUACUGCUUUUUUCAUAAAGGCUUCAAUGUGGCAUUUUUGGAGCUGUUGUGCUUUCCAGAAUCCUCUUCAUUCCUAUUUAAAAUAUCUAAAGUCAUUUGUAAUUCCAACGGAGCUGAGCCUGACAAAUCCUUUCACUUCGCGAACACAGCGGAGGCGGCUUGCAAUAAGUAUGAAAAGUGCUCUGAAGAUUUAAAAAAACAAGGCUUUAAGAGUCGAGAGCGUAUUCCAGCAAAGGUUGCCCUGCAAACAUCUGAGGCUCUGCAGAAGGUCCUGCUUGAAGAAGCCAUAAAUGCGACCAAGUUGUCUGCAGAUGUUGGAUAUUUUGUGGAAACUGUUUGGACUGAGGCUCUUGGCCACUUGGAUAACAUCCUCUCGUGUCCCGUAAACAGCAUUAGUCUGAAUGAUGUGAGCAAAGCAGAGGGUGUUCUGCUUCAGGCUAGGAAAGCGCUGGACACAGGAACAGAACCUAGAGACAUAAUGAAUGCAAUGGUUGAGUUCUAUCGGCUUAUUCCCCAUAAAAUACCCAUGCUGGCUAACGUAAACAAGAAGUUUUUGUCAACAAAACAGGAUUUGUGCCAGGUUAUCAGAGAUAUGGUCAGUGUAUGUGAAACCAACUUAUCAAAGCCGAAUCCAAGUAGCCUUGCUAAAUACCAAGCCCUGCGAUGCCAAAUAGAACACGUGGACCCCGAUACUGAGGAGUUUCAUCAGGUGUCACAACAAAUUAUGGAGAACAAACACUGCGAGGAGUCGGUUAACAUACUGAAAAUAUUCCGCAUUGGAAAAUUAAGUGAAGCCACAGGGUUUCAAAGGAAUCUUGGGAAUGUCAAGUCACUGCUUCAUGCAUCUUCCCCAUGUCAUUUUGUGGGGAUCCUGUCCCGUGGGCUACUCUUGCCAAAAAAUGUGGAAGAUGAUUUGGGUUUAGAGAGAACUGAUAUUGGAAAUCUUGGAAGUGGAGUUUAUUUCGGUGAUUCAAUAAGUACAAGUGUUAAAUAUUCGGAACCCAGUUUAACCAAUGGGGCGCGUCACUUGUUGGUUUGUGAUGUGGCUCUGGGUAACAGCAAGGAUCUCUACAAAAGAGACUUCUCACUUACUGAAGCUCCAAGUGGCUUUGACAGCGUUCAUGGAGUCCGGCAAGUGCCAGGAAGGAAAUCUGAUUUUGAGGAUGAUGAAUUUGUGGUAUAUAGCAAGGAUCAAGUAAAAAUGAAAUACGUUGUGCAGUUUUGCACUGCUAAAGACCAAGUCAACAUGGAACAUGACAAACUUCCGGUUCAAGUUGAGCCCAUGGAGGAAGAUGUUGGAGAAGAAUCAGUACAGGCAGAAGAUCCCGCAUUGGAGAGUCUGCCGGAACCACAGAGCGUUAAAGGCGGCCUCCAGAGUGUUCAUGGCAACCAGAUCCCUUUAGAAAAUAUUCAUGUGAAAGGCAGAAUAAUGGAUUUAGUUGCAGAGGUUAUAUUAUUCCAGACCUACAUAAACCAAUCCUCAGUUCCCAUCGAGGCUAAAUAUGUUUUUCCCCUGGACAGCACAGCAGCCGUGUGUGGAUUUGAAGCAUUUAUAAAUGGAAAACACGUUAUAGGAGAGGUGAAAGAGAAGAAGCAAGCGCACCAGGAGUACAGGGCUGCUAUCAGGGAGGGACACGGGGCUUACCUUAUGGACCAAGAUGCUGCCGACAUCUUCACAGUAAGUGUCGGAAACCUGCCCCCAAACGCCACAGUAAUCAUUAAGAUCACUUACAUAACGGAGUUGAACAUGAAUUACAGAACAGUGGAUUUCAAGCUUCCUGGCACAGUGGCAUCUUGGCAAAAGGAUAAAGCUCUGAAGGAAAAUACUCAGGAUACAGUAGAAAAAAUCUGUGUUGAAGAAAGUGGCGUGCCAAAGGGUUGUUUCUCUCUGGAGAUGUCCGUUGAGAUGUGUUUCAAGAUUACGAGCAUGAUGUCGUACACUCACGAGAUUUUAAUGAAAAAAACCGAUUGCAAAGCUGUGAUUGCAACUAAAAAGGGCAGUUCAUUGAACGAGGAGGGGUUUGAGCUGGCAGUCGCUCUGGAAUCAAACUUUGCAGACUCUUCUUGGAACCAGCCAAGGAUGUGGGUGGAAAAACAUCCUGAUGAAGAGAGUGAGGCAUGCAUGCUUGUGUUCCUGCCUAGUUUUGAGACACACAUACAAUCCUGGGAUUUAACCAUCUUACUCGAUUGCUCCAAUUCUAUGGAAUCCACUUUCCAAAGUGCCAAACGGAUUGCUCUGCUUGCGGCCGGCUUGUUAAACACAUGGCACAACGUAAACAUAAUCAACUUUGGUACAAGUUAUAAGGAAUUUAGCAUCCGUCCAAAAGAGAAUAACAGCAACGCAUUAACGGAGGUGGAACAGUUUAUCAAAUUGGUCAAACCAAACAUGGGAAACACAGAGCUUUGGAAGCCUCUGCAGUCCUUAUGUUUGCUGGCUCCUUCCGGAGGAACAAUGCACAAUGUUCUUCUUAUAUCUGACGGACACGUCCAGAAUGAAAGUCGCGUUUUCCAGAUCCUUAAAAAGAAUGCAGGGAAAGUGCGGCUAUUCACAUGUGGUGUUGGUUCAACAGCCAAUCGCCAUAUGUUGCGGUGUUUGGCUCAAUAUGGGGCUGGGUUCUUUGAAUUUUUUGAAGAUAAAUCUAAGUCCAGCUGGAAAAAAAAGAUGGAGGCCCAGCUGGAAAAAAUGGAUUCCCCUGCAUGCACAAGUGCGUCUGUUAAAUGGAUGCAGUUCAGUGAAAAUGAGCCAGAGCCUGUGCAAGCACCAGCACACAUACCGGCUUUGUUCAACCGCAGUUGCCUUCUUGUUUAUGGCUUUGCUCCUCGUUGCACUCAGGCCAAGCUACAAGCUUUAAUCGAUGACAAAGAACUGGACACUGUGGUAUCAACUACAGAAUUACAGAAGACCAGAGGAACGAUGCUUCAUAAACUGACAGCAAGGGCCAUUAUUAAGGAUUAUGAAGACGGAAUCCUACACGAGAAAGAACAUGAGCAUGAGAUGAAAAAGCAGCAGACAAAGUCCUUUAUUAUUGAGCUGAGCAAGAAAUACUCAAUUGUCACUCAGUUUACAAGCUUUGUCGCAGUUGAGAAACGGGAUGCACAAGAGAAGCCAAAGGACUAUGUACCAAAUGUGCUUGAAAUAAUAUCUGCAGAAGUUGUUGAUAUAUUACCAUACAUGACAUGGGAAACACAGAAAGAAGAAGAAAAAGCCGUGGUGAAUGUACUAAAUGGACCUCCUAGAUACCUUUUCACAAAGUACACGGAACUCACGCCGUGCAAGGACAUAUUAAAGUUUCUGGAUUGUAAUUCUUCAGCUAAUGACAUUCUCCAUUCUGAUGACUUUUUCGCUGAUGGCACACCAGACUGCUUUUCCGACUGCAUAGAGGAACAGGCUGAGAUGAAACUGAUCCAAGAUGGUUUACGCAUCGCUGGUGACGCUCUACAUUCUGCAUCAGUGUAUGAAGGGGAAAUAAUGUAUGAAGGGAAAAUAAUGACUCCAAAGUCUUCAUCUGUGUUUGAUAUGCCAUCGCGUUUGGAACACCAGCUGCAACAAAGACGACCGCCCGGAGCCCCACGUAUCAUGCAAAGGCGUCAGUGCGUGAUUUCAACUGUUACAAAAGCAUCUCCAAGUAUCAUGCAAAUGCAUCAGUGCGUGAGUUCUGAUGUUUCGAAAGCAGCUGCAAUUUCAAGUGUUUCAGAAGCAUCUCCAACUUUCAGCUUUGGAACUGCAGGACUUGCACGUUCUGCUGUUUCAGAAGCAGUUCGGACUUUCAGCUCUGGAACUGCAGGAUUUAAAAGUUUUCACAUGAAGGCUGUUGCUCAGAGUAAUGCCCUUUCGUCAGCGGCUACAAGUUCUGGCUUUUUGGGUUCAGCUUCAGGUUUCGGUGUUAAUACUGCUGCUCAGAGCUCUGGUCUUAUGGGUUCACCUCCAGGUUUCAGCUUUGCACUUCCACCUCAGCCUCCGUUGGCUGCUGCCCAGGCUUCAAUAUCUCCAUCAUAUGAGGAGGCUCGCUGGAACCAACGGUGGCAGCCAGGACAGCGUUCCUGCAGAGUCACUGCGCAGGAGCAAGUGUAUGAGCUGCUGUGCAGGAAGGAAGAGGUUCAGAUGCCUAAAACAUUGCUGCGGAGAUCUGCUUUUGCAAUGCCUCACAUGGCUCUACAACAGCAGGCAUCGAUGCCUUCUAAAAGAGCCAGAACCCGGCCGUCUUUCUUAACCCUUUCAGCUCUGCAGUGUGAGGAGGGAUACUGGCUGCUCAAUGAAGAGCUCGGAUCUCUGUUAAAUAUUAAUGUCAAUUACUUGAUCGAUGAAUUUUUGUCCAAGAAUGGGAUUCAGUCUCUAGGGAGGAAAGGCAAAGAAGAGGUGCUGAAAAUGAUUGCCACCCUAUUGGUGCUGCAAGUGAUUUGUACCUUUAAGCUGGUGAAUGUGACAUUCAAGAGUCUGAUGAAGCUGGAUGAAUCAUGUUGUACAAGCCCCUAUUACCAGACGAUUGAGAAAUCCACCAAGUGGGCACGAAAAACAGAUGAUCAAUAUCCUGGCAUCUGUUCUCGACUCGGAUUGGGCAAGGAUUGGGAAUCUGCCACCCGGAAGUUAUUGUCCAUUGAUCCACUGGAUCCUUCCUCCAGUCUUCUCCCUGCUGUUGUGUAAUCAGUAAACAAUGUCACCAUUAUUGACAUGACUCCAUUUUACAUUGAGAAACAAAAAUGAUCCAUAAAGUUCUGAAUAAUGUUAAUGCUGGUCUCCAUUUUAAUCAAACCAUUUAAAAUGAAAAAGUAGAUUUUUCUCUGUAAUAAUAAAACAGUAGCUUGUACUA